UCUCGGAUAUUUAUACCCACGGCUCUGCGCGGCUUUUCGGAGCCGUACGGCGCCCUCCUCCCGCCCCGAGCCGCCCAGGGUUUUGGGGGGCGGCCCGCCGGUUGGGCUCCACACUCUCUAGGGAACCAGAAGGACCCCAGGGAGCAGGACCGGGACCCCAGCGUCGGGUAGCGAAGCUCUGUCCAGGCAUCGGCCCCAAUGGAGGGGACCGCGGAGUCCCAGACGCCUGACCUGCGAGACCUGGAGGGCAAGGUGGGCAGGAGGACCCCCGAAGGGCUGCUCCGCGGACUGCGAGGCGACUGGGGGCCGGGAACCUCCGACUCCCUGGCGGCCCCCGGGACGCCUGGGGCGGGCCACGGCCUGGGGGACAAGAUCCUGGCGCUGAGGAUGGAGCUGGCUUACCUGAGAGCCAUCGAUGUGAAGAUCCUGCAGCAACUGAUGACCCUCAACGAGGGCAUUGAGGCAGUUCGGUGGCUGUUGGAAGAGCGGGGGACGUUGACCAGCCACUGCAGCAGCCUUACCAGCAGCCAGUAUAGCCUGACAGGCGGGAGUCCUGGCCGCUCAAGGCGAGGCAGCUGGGACAGCCUGCCAGACACUAGCUCCACCGACAAGAUGGACAGUGUCUCUAUCGGCAGUUUCUUGGACACUGUUACCCCAAAUGAGUUGGAGGAACAGGCCCCCCUGGGGGUGCCUCGCUCUGAGAUGGAUUGGGCCAAGGUUCUACCCAGUGGGGAGAAGGCCAGGACUGAGGUGGAGCUGACAGCUGCCAAGCUAGGGAGUUUGAAGGCUGCAUGGACACUCCCUGGUGAGGGGCAGCCUGCUGGGGCUCCUGAGCCACCUGAGGAGGAGCCAGAUAAGUUGGGCUUUGAGGCCCCUUGGUACUGGGAACAGUGCCAGGAUGAUGUGACCUUCCUUUAACUGUGUGGCCCUUUCAUCACUAGGCCCUGACCUCCCUCACAUCUGUCCUUCCUGGUCUGGGACCAGGAAGAGACUGCCUGGCAGAAAUGGGUUGCUAUGGAAACCUGCCCCCUCUGCCUUCCUCUGGGGCUGGCAAGGUUCUGCCUUUGUCCUUCUAUAUUGGGUCCCUAGAGUUGUUCCUACAGAAGUGUUGACUUCAGAAGCAGACUUGUGGUUCCUGGUAUGACAGUACCUCUC